UUUCCUCGAAGAUUCAUCCACCAACGCAACGCCUGUAAAAAUAAGCAAUGCCCCCAUUUACGCCUAUAAAAAUACGCAAUGCCCCCAUUUGAAGAAAAACCCACAAAACAUCCCCAGAUUUCUUCUUCAUUUUCUCAAAAACACUUCCCAACUUCCUCUCUCUCUCUCUCUCUCUCUCUCUAGACCUCUCUUUCUUUCUCUAAACUUUGUUGCGAAAUCCCAAAUGGCUCCUGAACUUGUGAGUGCAACCACCAAGGCCAACAGCCUAGUCAAGGCCUCGAGCCCGAUGAGCAGAGCUUAUGUCACUUUCUUGGCUGGCAAUGGUGACUAUGUCAAGGGCGUGGUCGGGCUAGCCAAGGGCCUGAGGAAAGUCCACACUGCCUACCCGCUUGUGGUGGCCGUGCUUCCGGAUGUGCCGGAGGAACACCGCCGUAUGCUGGUGGCUCAGGGAUGCAUAGUCAGUGAGAUCGUGCCGGUGUACCCGCCGGAGAACCAGACCCGGUUUGCUAUGGCCUACUAUGUCAUCAACUACUCUAAGAUUCGCAUCUGGGAGUUCGUGGAGUACCAUAAGAUGAUAUACUUGGACGGAGACAUCCAGGUGUUCUAAAGUAAUUAAUUUGUAAUUUGGCUUCUUUUUUUCCUUUUUUUUUUUCUUCUAGGGAUCAAACCCAUGGAGGUAUACUGGAAAAGAAGAGAACAUGGAUAGAAAAGACAUCAAGAUGCUAGUGAAGAGCUGGUGGGAUAUAUACAAUAAUGAAUCAUUGGAUUACAAGAGGACUAACAUAUCACGCAUUGAAGGUGAAGCUGACAAAGUCAUA